AGAAACAGUAAUCCGGGUGCAAAACGGAUAACUAAAAUUGUGCGUGUAUCUGCUGCUUGUCUGGUUCUGCCAGCCAAAUUCCUAAUUUGAAGGAAUAAACUACAUCAGUAUGCAUAUACUGAAAUUGACAACUUUUCUACCAACUGCAACAGAACAAUACAGGACAACAAACGACGAAAAUAUUGAUUGAACAAUACCCGGACGUUAAAGGUAACAGCAGAAAUGGCUGCGAAAUACCCCGAAGAAGGUAAUGAUGAGGAUUUGGAUCCAGAGAAUCAAGGUGUGGAUCAGCAAUUGCUCACUCCAUUUGAAGUACCGACUGAAGCAAACACACUAGUGCUUGACGAUAGUGCAAGCGACGUAGAAGAAAACAAUCAAUAUCUCAGAGGGUCACAAGUUGCUACUAUAUACAAGAGAUCUUGGUCUGAAGGUAGUAACGGUCGUAUUGACAAUGUAUCACUAGAUUUAAAGGAGUCAAACUUUGCAAAACUUGUUCUUGUUUCAACAAAUAUUUGUCAAGAUGUUAUGCGUGAAAUUAUUCGCAACAGAAAUCCUAAGGGCCCCACUGAUAUUGAUUUGCAUAACACCAUCCAUGGCAGCAAGAUAUUACGGGACAAGGUGGCUCAGUACACUCGCGAAGGAAUGCUUUUAUUUCCAAAUGAUGGAGCUACAGUAAAGUAUGAACAAUUGGAUUUUUCUGCAAUGUACAAAGUUGCUAGAUAUGCUCUUUCCGAGCAGAUUGCACCAAACGAAAAGUGGCUAGCAUCACCAAAACCUGGCGCUAAAUGUUUAAUGUCUUCCAUAGAGAAACUGCGUCUAUUUCGGAAUGAUUGUUCACAUUCAGCCAGCGCCUCUAUCAACGAUGCUGACUUUCAAACAAAAGUUGACGAAGUUACAGAUGUGAUUUUGCGAAUGGAAAUGUUACUUCGUAUACCAAACACAUAUUCCAAGCGUGUGCGGCGUCUAACGAACGCGUCACUGUCUCAAACAUCAAUGCCUCCGAGAGUAAUCGAGCUAGAAACAAAAUCCGUCAACCUCGAGAAACAGAUUGUCCAACUGAAAGAUGCACUGGCGAAGCAGACUGAUAUGACAGAUCUAUUUAGUCAAUGGAAAACACACCAGCAAGAACUCGUGGAGGUUCAUCGCAAACUCGAAGAACUCUAUAAAGCGUCAAGUACAGACCCCGAGGAACCGGUUCCAUUACUGCAGCGUAAUAUAAAUGCUAUUGAAGAUGCAAUGAGGGAGACACUCGCAGCAAGUCAAAAGGACGAAGAAUACUUUGUUGAAACCAAAGGCACGGAAACAGCGAUGAAAAAAAUGACUGAAAACAACAUGGUAAUAAUUGCUGGACGUAAGGGUAAUGGGAAAGAGAGACUUGCUCACCAUUUACUAUUUUCCUUGAUGUCAAAAUCAGAAUGCCAAACGCAUAUUUUAGAUAGAAUGUGCGAUGUCAGAAAGUGUUUCAAAACGAAAUCACACAAGACUGUAAUAGUACUAUUGCAGGAUGUAUUCAUCGAAAAAAACACAAAGGCAUUGAUAAAGAAUCUAGGAAAAGAUAUUUUCAAGACAAAUUCAAAAAGAUAUCUUAUUAUCACAUCUGCUAAUACAACCCAUCUCGUAGGCUUACAGCACCUGGUCAAUUUAUCAGCCAGAGAAUUUGAAAUGUCAACAGAGGAAAAAAAGAGCAUCUUGAGGUCACAUCUUGACCGAUGUUCCAAAGAGUCUUCAGCUCGUCUGAAUGAAAGGAAAAUAAACGAAAUUGUGAAUAUCAAGUGUUCACUGGAAUUUCCCCUAGCUUGUUUCCUCUUCACAUCAGAGGAAAAAUACUAUUCGAAGGGAUCAAAUUUUUUUCGUUACCCAAUAGAUUAUUUUCUUGGAGAAUUAAGGUGUCUUUCGCAGACAGAAUAUUCAGCACACAGGGUAUUCUUUGAGUUAUUACUCCAACAAGAUGUAUCCUCACCUUUGUCUUUUGUGAACCCAGGUACAGUAUUUAAACAAGGAGAUAUGAAAGAAAGGAUGGAAAAGGCAGAAAUAGAAAUCAGUGAUCUAGCCGAAAUAGGAGACCAACUGUCCCAACAAGGUACUCUCGUUCAUAGAAUACCUCACACACCAAAAGCAUUUUCAUUCAGCAAUGACACAGUCGAACAUGCCGCACAAAUUUGGCUGUUGGAAACAAAUUUCACAAAGGCACUAGCAUUUUUUAAGUCCGAAAUUCUAGUCCGCUGUAUCGCAAUCAAUCCUGGAUUAGAAGAAAAUUGCCUUUUUACGACAAAUUCUUCAAAAGAUCAAACCUGUGUUGCUGAAAAAGUUCUGAAUGACAUUUUCAAUAAAAAUGUCGGCGAAAGCAUUUGGAGCUCUAAACUAACAAUUUGGAAUGACAAAUGUUUUGCAGACCUCUUUGCUCGUAUUCUCUUCGAGAGACUUGAGAAAGAGCCAGGCCACCGAAGUAUUGUGCUCUCAAUACUGAAAAAGUGUGCAAAGAAUCGUUUGCUGGUUCUGUGUAAGGCAAUAGUAGAAAGCCUACAAAUAUCUCAAUCUUUCGCUGAUGAUUUCAGCAGCUUUGUAUCCCACACUUUGCUCGAUGCCUGUCGGAUCAAAGGGAAUCUUGCAAUAGUUCAGGUACUCGCUGCGUACAAGGAGGCUGAUUUAAGCUUUUGCAAAAGUUGUAAGAAAGAAUCCGAAGAAAAGCAUCAAUCUCCGCUAGAAUGUGCGGUUGAGUCAAAAGAUCAAGAUGUAGUUCAUUUUUUACUGGAGUCUGGUUCCACGAUUCCACACAGUAAAUGGAAAUUUUGGGAUUUUCUAAAAGUAGCCGCUGAAAAGCAGGAUACAUUUUUAUGUAACGUUUCGUUCAUCAGGACCCUCUCCUUGUGUUGUAGAGAUAAAGCAAUUACUGUGAAUUCAAGGAUGGAAGAAUUCGUAGAAAGAUCAUUGAAACUUGAUUCUAGCCGAGAGCUUGACAGAAAUUAUUUCUUCUUUGAUUGUCUGUUAUUGAUCGGAAUAGACGAUAGUUUAUACUCUGCAUUUAAAGAUACCAUAUUACACGGCAGGAAACUUCCAAAAGGUGAUCAAUGUGAAAACUCUUGCCACAUGGUUCUUGAAUCCUCGCUUGACCCUGAAAUGGAACAACGUACGUUGUCAAUACUAGCAAAUAUGGAGUUCGACAUGCUUAAUGAAAAGGACAAAUGUGGACACACCCCACUGGCUAAAGCUGUCACACUUGGAAAGAGCAACAACAUUUUGUCUCAAAUGUUGCUUCAAAAUGCGAAUGCAGAUGUAACAGAUUAUGAUGGUAAAACCGCGCUGCAUUUAGCCAUCCUAUCACUGCAUCCCGAUGCAUGGGUUCUUGAUUUUGUGAAAACUCUGACAGGACCAAACAUCAGGUGUAAAGACAUUAUGGGUGUGACUCCUGUUAAAUUAUGUAUAUCGCAAGGUCGACAUCGCAUUAACACUCUCAGACGGCUGCUCGAAAUACUUCAAAAGGAGAAUGCUUUACCAAAAUCUUUGUUCCAUGUUUGCGUGGAAUCUCUGAUACCAGAAGAAGACAUGUUGGAAAUCAUGGCAACCCUGAAAGAGUUUGGUUCGGACCCGAACAGAGAGGACGACCGCAAAGUUAAACCUAUAGCAAAAGCUGUUAAGCACUUGUAUUUGAAGAUUGUGAACACAUUGCUAGAGUGGAAUGUCGAUGUUGAGGACACAGACAGUCAGCAAAACACAAUUCUGCAUUAUUGCUGUUAUGUGGAUACACGAAACGGAGAGGAACUUCUUGCCGCAUUUAACAAACACUAUUCAAAGAAUGCAACAUCACUUAACAUGAAGAACGCCAAAGGCAGAAACGCUAUAAUGGCCUAUUUGGCGGAGCCAGUUGUUAGCUGUACUAGCAGUAGAAUUGUGUGGCGUCUUCUAAACAUGGAACCUGACCUCUCCCUCAAAGAUGAAGAAGGCAACACGGCAUUACAUUAUUUAAUGCAAUCAAUGCUAACAGAUGAGGAAGUUUUGAAUUUCACUCAAGUCAUGAUCAAUGAUUUCCACGUAUCUGUUUCCAUUUACAAUGCGUGCGGUUUAAGUCCACUGAUGCUGGCAUUUAGUGCCAGUAGAUCACGGUUCAAUACCGUGAAAUUCAUAUUGUCUUUGUGUGGUUGUGAAGAACACGACAUUUGCUUACCAGCAGGGAAGAUAGGAGUACUCCAGCAGUGCAUUAGAAGUUGCAUGACUGAUGACGAGGUGCGGGAACUAGCUCAACUGUUGAUUCGACAAGGAGGACUAUCUACAAACAAACCCGACGUCACUGGUCUGUCACCACUAUUCACAUCUAUUCAACAUUCAUUGUCACGAUGCAAGACAAUUGCCCUAAUGUUGAAAUAUUCUACAGGUGAACUUUGCACCGGUGUUAUAUCGGAGCUUAUAAAACACGACAAACUAGAUCCAAAUGUUGUUGAUGCAAUGCACAGAGCAAACAUUCCAUUAUUCAAAAUAGCAGAUAAAUUAGGCUAUUCAGUUUUUCAUUAUCUCAUUCGGAAGGCAAGCCAUUUUCGAGAAUUCCAUGAUCUUGUGGUCUCUUUCCUGCCUUUUGGACAUGAUAUCAACCAUGUGAAUUCAGAGGGAUUAUCCCCAUUGUUUUAUGCAUGCAGGGAGGAAUAUCCAGGAUCGAUCGUUUCCUGUCUGUUGUCAAACGGUGCCAGGGGACAUAUGCUAGCGAGGAAGGAGUCGGCAUUACAUCUAUGUGUUAGAUCCAAACGUAAUGAUGUAGAAACCAGAGAUGUCGUGAUAGCCCUUGUGAACAACAACAGUAUGUAUAUCAAUGCUGUUGAUGCCUAUCACACGACAGCGCUGGCAUCUGCAGUUUGUCAGGGGAAGUUUCUCACCAGUUUUGUUAGAAAACGGAGCAGAUCCUAAUAUACCUGACAGAGAAAACAAGAUAGCACUGCACCACUGUGUAGCAGGGACCUGGUCCGACCAAAACACCUGCGCAUUUCUGCAAUUGCUUCUACCAAAAAGUCAGAUUAAUUGGCAAGAUGGGGAUGAACGUUCUGCUUUGGAUAUUGCUGCAUGUCAUGUUUCAUUCAGUAGAAUCUUCAGUAUUAUCCUGUUGCUUACUGCUGACUGUAAAAUCAAGACAGUAGACCGUCUUGGUCGAUCACCGAUACACAACACUGUCAGGAGUUUGACAGGUAAAUUAGCCUGCUGCAAGUUAGAAAGGCUUUGCCGGAUGGACUUAUUCCUCAAUUUCGGCAUGAGUCCUAUUUGUAAAGAUGAUGAAGGAGAAACAGCGAUUAGCGCAUGCAUCAGAGAAAAUAUGCAUGACGAAAUCAAGGUUUUGAAUAGGAAACAGCUGGAGCUCGGAAUCUGCAAAGAGAUGAUGUCUAUGUUACUGGUAGGUGAGGUUGAUUCUGACCCUAUUAGUCUCACGUUUACCGAAACUAUCGGUGUCAACGUAUUCAAUGAAGAAAAACAUCAAUUCUUGAGAGAGGUAGCCUGCUGCUUACACGGAGUUGAUAUCUCCAUGUGUUGACAUUCAUAUUUAUAUCUGUUCAUUGUGCUGUCGUCAAGAACAUGUUUACAAAACUUUGUUCAUAACAAAGUUUUUACUUACGUCUGAAAUUUGUCCUAACAUCCGUAUUCUGAUUACUAUUUGCAUUUAGACAUUUGAAAUGAAAACGUUUAUCCCGUUCCUAUAUAAAUACUAAAAUUUAAAUUAAAUUAUCCCGUUCCCAGAUAAAUACUAGUGGUUUAAUGCACGAUAUCGUUCUCAUUUCUACAUAUACUUGAGAGGUAUUUCGGAUUUGAAACACUUUUGUCAUGUGGCAGUCCAGUAAGUGUAAAAGGAAUAUUAAUUAAUCAUCAACAUUUUUUCACUGUGUAAAUAAAUGAUUUAUAAAUUGUGACAUGUCUUAUAUACUUGCUCAUAGACCAUGCUAGUUUUUAACCUUUGUAGUAAAUAAAUAGUAUACAAGGCAUGUUUAUCACUGUUCCUCCCCCGGAAAGAAAGUGAGAUUGCCAUGAGGGCGAUUUCAUGUACUGAAAUACAUACAGUAAAUCAACGUUGAAAGGAGAAAUCAUCACUAGACUUAUAAAAGUGUUAAAGGUAAACGGUUGAUAUUUUAUUUAUCAAACAUGUUUAAGUAUACAGUAAACAUUACAAUAUGUUUAUAGUUCCACUGUACAUACAUGUAUACAUUAUUGUUAGUGUGUUUGUCGCAAAAAAAGUAUUGGUUAAAUUAUUGAAAUAAUUAGACAACAGACAUAAACUAUAGAAGUUUUUCUCCUUUAUUGUAAAAUGUUUGAACGGUUAAGAACUGUUGAGGUGGGAAUAUUUGCUUUCCUUCAAACUACUGGGCCGGCGAAAAAGGUAUAGUGACUUUGUGUCGCAAUAUGUAUUUCAAAACGCGUUAGUAACUAUUUUAAUGAAUGUACAUAUUCGGAUUUUGUGAGAGCGAUUUUUUCACACCGCCAAUAUUCCCACUUAAAAUAAAUGUAUUACCAUUAGUGUUUAUAUUUUUCGCGUUUUAACAGAUUGUAUGAAACAUUAUCCAUCCUGAUUUUUCUUUUUUUUUUGUAUUGGAUUAUUUAAUAGGUCAAUAAAUCAAAACAUGUCGAAUACUUUCACAUUUUAUAUAUAAUAUAUAUAAACAGACACACCCAGGCAACCCUGAAAAUAACUGUACACGGGGUUUGAACCUUUGUGAUAUAAAUAGCACUGAUCAGGUUUAUUUUCCAGUAAAAUGCAUGUCAUGUUUCGUGGAUUUCGGGUGUUCAUAGGAUAUUUCGAAAAAGCGAUUUUUUCCUGUCUAUUUCAUUUUUAAUUAUUUUGAAUACUUUUUUAUGUUCAUAUAUUUAUCAUAUCCAUACACUGCACGAAACAUAAGUAAGAUAUGUCCAUUUUACAUUGUUUUCCUUUCACCCUAGAGAGAUGUAUCCUCAAAAUUCCCAGUGUAAGAUUAAUAAAAUCUAUUACCUGUAACUGAACGAGAUCGGGUCAUCUCAGCCGAAGGGUAAGAUUCUGUAACAUAAUCCCAACCGAGGCAUAAGCCAAAGUUGGGAUGUUACAUAAUCUUAGUCAGAGACUAACCCGAUCUUGCUCAGAAACAGGUGAUUAAUUUUUUUUCUCGCACCUUUUAGUUCGAAAAAAUCCUAUUCACUUUUGCUAAAGACUACAAGUAUCCCGUCUGGGGCCUCAAAUAAAAAUGGCCUCUACACUACUUCAGCUACAUUUGAAUGCUUCCGCGUAAAAAUGUAGUCCGUCCUUAUAAAGAAGACAAUGUAUUUCACAAUGUAGAUUAUAUUUCAUCUUCAACAUAAGAUUUCUACAAUCUAUAACAGUUUAUAAUGGAAAAUGCAACUUUUGGGUAUUCUUUGUUCAUUUUCUACUGGAAUUCAUUCAAACUUGAUUUACAUUAUAACCAAGAGAUGACAGUUUGAUACUUUGACAUGUUUAACCCUGUCUCAUACCCAGGGGCUGAGGUGCGGAGCCAAAAUGGGGUCAUAUAGCCUGAAAUUUCAGCAGUCAUCCUCUCGGGACUGAGAUAGGCUGGAAACCAAUUCUUGUCAUAGAUGGAAGGGUCUUGAGGUGCUUUAUCAAAAUUGUGAAUUUCACGACCCCCAGACUCCAUGUUAACCCCUGGGAAGGGGGCGAAGUUUACUAUAGUUUUUUUUAGGAAAAUGAUACUUUUGGGUAUGUUUGGUUCAUUUUCAAUUGGACAUUAUUCUAACUUGACAGACAGUAAGGGCUCGGGCCCGGGCCCGGGCCCGCCCCCACGGGCUGAGGGGCGGGGCUAAAAGGGGUCAAAUUGUCUUAAAUUAAAAAAUCUUAUCCAGACCAAGAAUUGCUGGAAACAAGUAAUCUACAGGGGUCCUAAAGCGCUUGAUCCGCUGGGGAUGGGGUAAAGUUUACUAUAGUUAUAUUGAAAAAUGAAGCUUCCUAAUGGCAAAUUACAAUACACAAAAACUCUUCAUUGUUGAAUCAAUAUAUUAGAUAUUUGAUAGGACAGCUGUUUUCUGUUUAGCUAGUAACGUUACUCAAAUAUGCCAAAAAAAUCCAACAGCUCGUUCUACUGUAAAAGGCAAGAAAGAAGCGGAAAGAUGAGGUGCCCCAGCUGGGAUCGAACCCACGACCACAGGUUCUGGAGGCCAACACUCUGACUGACAGA